AAGUGGGGCGGGGCGUCCCCUUUUCUCAGGCACCCAAGAUGUGCGCAGGAAGGGAAUGGAAGCCCAGGUCUCAGCAAAGAGGAAUGUCUAUGUGGUGGUGUGCAUUUGUGGUUUAUGGUUUAUUAGUUGGACCUCUCAUUACGUGGUCUCAUCUCCCCAACUGGGUCAGUCUGCAUACCAGGCCUUGCUUUUACCAACUUCCCAACUAAAGGGUGACAUCCCUGCAUGAGCCUAUCCUGUUAAAAAUGUCCUUGCCACUUACAGAGGAGCAGAGGAAAAAGAUUGAAGAGAAUCGGCAAAAAGCUUUGGCCCGUCGAGCUGAGAAGUUGUCAGAACAGCCACAGAGCGCAGCUUCAGGCUCCUCUGCUGCCGGCCCGUCCCAGUCCAAGCAGGGCUCUCUCCUGAAUCUCCUAGCGGAGCCUUCAAAGCCAGCGGGCCAUGCCUCCAUUUUCAAGCAACAGAAUCUCAAUAAUUCAUUUCCUACUGAUCAGAGACCUCACAGCUCCCGCUGUUCUCAGCCCAGCCCAGCAGAGGAAACGACGGGGCCAUGGAAGACCCAAGGAGAGAUGUCCACAGCCUGCCCAAAGCCUAACCCAAGUCCUCCAGGAGUCUCUAACCAACCACUUUUGGGUUAUAAGUCCAGCGAGGGUCAGCCCCAGGCAACCCGGGACACAGGAGCAUCCUCUUCUGGACCAUUCCCCAGGGACUCCGAGUUAGAGGCCAAGGCAGCGAGGCCUUCCACCUCUGGGCAGAGCAUUUCGGACAGCUUUUAUGCGUUAGGGGGAAAAACACCUAGGACAGAAGGGAGACCCCCAAACAUACUGCAGACCACAUCCCAAAACACAAGCUUUCUACGGGGAGCGUGCAUAAAGUCUGGGGAUCGCUUCCGGGUAAAGAUCGGCUACAACCAAGAGCUCAUUGCCGUGUUUAAGUCUCUGCCCAGCAGACACUAUGAUUCUUUUACAAAGACGUGGGACUUCAGCAUGAGCGACUACAGAGCCUUGAUGAAGGCAGUCGAGCGACUCUCCUCGGUCUCCCUGAAGCCACUGGAUGAGGUUGGUGGCAGUGUUGGAGGACAGACCAGCCUUCCCUCAGCUCCAUCCCUUACCUUUGUGACAGGCAAAUGCAUGCUUAUCUCUCGAGUCCGCUUCGAGGUUGACAUCGGCUAUUCGGAGGCGGUGAUUGGCCUGUUUAAACAGAUGGAGUCCAGGAGUUACGAUAUCAAGACCAGGAAGUGGAGCUUUCUCUUGGAAGAGCACAAUAAACUAAUUGCAAGGUCACGUGAACUGAAGCAAGUUCAGCUGGACCCUCUGCCCAAGACAGUGACCCUGGCAUUUGCAUCUCAGCUGGAGAAAACGUCUCCCAAACUGAAAGCAGAUGUGCCAGAAGCAGACCUUUCCGGAGUGGAUGCCAAGCUUGUGUCUAGCCUCAUGCCCUUUCAGAGGGAGGGAGUUAGCUUUGCCAUAUCAAAAAGAGGCCGCCUGCUACUUGCUGAUGACAUGGGCCUAGGGAAGACCGUCCAAGCCAUCUGCAUAGCAGCUUUUUACCGAAAGGAAUGGCCCCUGCUGGUGGUCGUGCCUUCCUCUGUGCGCUUCACCUGGGAGCAGGCCUUUCUUCGGUGGCUUCCAUCUCUUAGCCCAGAGAACAUCAACGUGGUGGUGACCGGGAAGGGCCGCCUAACAGCUGGCUUGGUCAAUAUUGUCAGCUUUGACCUCCUUUGCAAGUUGGAGAGGCAGCUAAAAACCCCUUUCAAAGUCGUCAUUAUUGAUGAAUCACACUUCCUCAAGAACAUUAAGACUGCCCGCUGCCGAGCAGCUGUGCCUAUCCUAAAGGUUGCCAAGAGGGUGAUCCUACUGUCCGGCACACCCGCCAUGUCGCGGCCCGCAGAGCUCUACACGCAGAUCAUUGCUGUCAAGCCAACCUUCUUCCCUCAGUUUCAUGCCUUUGGACUCCGCUACUGUGAUGCCAAACGGCUCCCUUGGGGCUGGGACUACUCGGGCUCCUCCAACCUGGGCGAGCUGAAGCUGCUGCUGGAGGAGGCAAUCAUGCUGCGGCGCCUCAAAUCCGACGUGCUCUCCCAGCUCCCGGCCAAGCAGCGCAAGAUGGUGGUGGUCAACCCUGGUCGGAUCAGCUCCAGGGCCAAGGCAGCCCUGGAUGCAGCAGCCAAAGAAAUGACCAAGGACAAAACUAAACAGCAACAGAAAGAAGCUCUCCUUGUCUUCUUCAACAGAACAGCAGAAGCUAAAAUCCCAUGUGUUGUCGAGUAUAUCCUGGACCUUCUGGACAGCGGACGAGAGAAGUUUCUAGUGUUUGCACACCAUAAGGUGAUUCUGGAUGCAGUUGCUAAGGAGCUUGAGAGGAAGAAUGUUCAACACAUCCGGAUCGAUGGCUCCACUCCCUCAGCAGACCGGGAGACUCAGUGCCAGCGGUUCCAGCUGUCCAAAGGGCACACAGUGGCACUGUUGUCCAUCACAGCCGCCAACAUGGGCCUCACCUUCUCCACAGCUGAUCUGGUCGUGUUUGCUGAGCUGUUCUGGAACCCAGGGGUGCUGAUCCAGGCUGAGGACCGUGUGCACCGCAUUGGACAGACAAACUCUGUGAGCAUCCACUACCUGGUGGCGAAAGGCACAGCAGAUGACUACCUUUGGCCUCUGAUUCAAGAGAAGAUUAAAGUUCUGGGGGAAGCUGGGCUUUCUGAGACCAAUUUCUCGGAAAUGACGGAAGCUACAGACUACGUGUACAAGGACCCAAAGCAGAAGACGAUCUAUGACCUGUUCCAGCAGUCCUUUGAAGACGAUGGAAAUGACAUGGAAUUCCUGGAAGCAGCAGCGUCCUUUGAGCUAGGAAGUAGUUCAGGAACCUCUGGAAACAUUUCCCAGGAUCUGGGAGAUCUCUUAGAUGAAGAUGAAGGCAGUCCGCCAAAGAAAAGCAGAUUUGAAUUCUUUGAUAAUUGGGACAGCUUUUCCUCUCCCUUUUGACAGGGUCAGAAAAGGAAAGAAACGAAAGAAAGCAGUCACAAAAUCAUGGGGCUCAUUGAAAUAAAGUAUUUUCUUUAAAAGCCUGUAUUCCGUUUGUCACGCAGCAGAAGAGUCCAAGGCCAGUAGGUACCACCAUUUCCUUUCUGUGUUCCUAGACAAGGCCUGCUUGGAGGCUUCAUUACUUUUCUGGAUUAAAAGAUACAGUGGCUUAGAGUAGUCAUAGUUUACAUUCUUAAGUAGUGAGGACUUCCUAUACAACACCUCCAAUAUCUAGUUAAAAACUUCAACUAGUACAGUUAUUAAGCACCUCAUAGUACAGGCACUGUCCAAGGUCGUAACCUUCUAAACUAAAGGCAAAGUCUCUGUGGGGUUUAUCCAGCAGGAAAAGCAGCAGUGAUGGCAAGUCCUCUUUCCUAAUACAGGAAAGUUCUGCUUAUGGACAUGGAAUGUAAACCAUCACAAGUGUGAGAAGACAUUCUGAGGUCACAGACUUGGGUGCAGGCAGUGGGCAGAUAGUGCGCAGCGUGGUUCUUAGCUUUCCAGCCUCUGACUGAAGCAACACAGUCCAAUAGUGACAUAAUGAGAACCACAGAGUGUGAUUUCACUUUCCUAACAUUUAAAUUUACAAGCAAAAGCAAUGUAUUCCUCCUGCUAGAGUCAACAGACUAGCAUAAGAACUUGAGGUUUUUGAGACAGGCUUCCUUUCAUAGAUCCAAGUUGGUCUCACACCUGCUCAUGUAUCCGAGGAGAACCUUGAACCGCUCAUCUUCCUGGCCCCACCUCCUGGUGCUGGACGUGUGCACCCCCUUCCCUACCCACCUAGCUCAUUAAGGGAGACAGCAAUCACACCAUUAGAGAAAAAAUUCUUUGGGAUAAGUUAAGGACCAGAAAAUGAAGGGGGUUUUGUCUGUUUUGAGAAAAUCAGAAAGGGACAUUUGACACUUCUACACCCAUCUGUGGGUGUACUGUGUGUUUGAUAUCACAUGCUUUCAGAAACAUCCGGAAACACUCCCACCAUGACUAGAGGCUGUUUUCAGGGACAUGAGACCCCAUAGGAAAACAAAGAACACUGUAAAAAUCGGUCUUUUUUCCUCCUGGCCCCAGGCUCCCAGAAUAAUGCCUGUGAGACUCAACUAUAUUUACAAAUACCUAGGCCAGUAAGCUUUGGCUGUCUCCUGAUUAGAUGAUAACUUAAUAUCCCAUUUAUUCUAAGUUCUGCCGCACGGCUGGUCACCUCUGCUCAGCUCCGGCGCUUCUAGCCUCCAUGUUCCCAGGCGAAUGCUCUCAAGCUUGGCUAAAUCCCGGAAUUCAAUCUCCCAACUGAUGUCCUACUUUCUGUUUGCUGCCUAAGCUUAUAGGCUAAUCAGCAUUUUAUUGACAGGGGUUGCAUCCAAGACUACUCCUUUUUAUUUAGUUAUUAUUUUUUUCAAAAUGGAUACAUCAAGUCUGAUCGUCUAUUUACCCGUUCCUUCCACUUCCCACCAAGUCAGUUCAGGAGUAUCACCAUAAGGGGCUUGGAAAGGGUUAAUUAGAGCAGUCUCAAAUCUCUGCGUUUGAUUUGGUUUUCCUGUAGGGUUUCAGUGAGGGAAACAUUCCUAACCUCAGCAGAUGGCACUAAGCCCUUAGUCUUGGGUACUGUGAGUCAGUCUCUGUGCACUCAGUUCUGUGGCUCUCUCUGCCCAGGUUUCCCUUCUAUUCGAUGCAUUGUACUCUUCCAACUCUUUCGUUCUGAGGGUGAAAUAUGCAAAAAGUUCAUAAAACAGUUUGCAGCUUAACUGAAAUAAGCGCUUGCGUCGGCACAGCCCAGUCUUAUAAAGAUGCUAUCUAGAACCAUCGCUCCUUUGCCUUGCGCUUAGCCUUAUUUGUCUGGAAUGAGCUAGGUCUAGGUUCACUUUUCCCCAGUGAAGAUGCAGUUAUUCUCAGCACCACAUAUUAAAAGACUGUCCUUUCAGCUGUCAAUCUGUGGGCACAUUUACUCACUGCGAUAUAUUUGAUGUAAAAUUAUUCUAGAAAUGUAUAUUAUAAGUGGAAAAUGAAGGUCCUACAUUCUCCCUCUCACCCCUAGCCUACUAUUUCUUAAAGGUGAUACCUAAUAUAAUUUGAGAUGGGGCCAUUUGUAAUUUAUUCUGUAUAUACCUGAAAGUUGUUUUACAAAAACUGUACUGAAUUGAUUGAACUGCUAUGGUCCGUGUUUCCUAUGAUUGUCUCAGAUUACACUUGCCCAUUGUUUCAGAUCGUUCUACUCUGUCUCCCUUUAAGUGACCUGUGAUCCUGCCAGAUGCCUUCUUGGUAUUGGCCCUUUAACAAAACCUGGGUGAUUUUCUUAAGUGAAUAUGAGGAGCUACAGAAGACAAGGAUAUCUGUGUGUCAAUCUAUUUUGGACCUAAUGAUCUCUGCGUCCAGAACUAGCUACGGAGGCAUCAACAGAACGCUGGACAUUCCUGUGACUCUGGGAUAAACCUUUAUGUCUGUGUCAUGAGAUGAACCUGUGCCCCAGAUGGCUUUUAAGAAUAAAGUGUUGCAUAUGCCCUAAGA